UCUCUGGAGGAAGCCCAAGAGGAGAUGAUCUCCAUGGUGUUUGCGGCAGGACGAGCCACCGAAGAAUUCGAUUGUGCCCGAAUUCGCUUCCUAUUUUCAGUUCACCCUUCCUUGACGGGGGUUCGAGAUGAAAUCUUGGCAGUGUUCAUAAUCUUGGAAAGUGACGACUGGAAGGAGGGUGUCGACGCCUUUCUCUGGCUGUUGAUCCAAAAAUACCCUACCCUCGUGGAGCAUAUGUUUGACCACACUCUAGUAAUCAAAGUGCUCAGCAUACCAACAGUGUCCCAUGAAGUACUCACAGCAAUCAUCGAAUUUAGAUUGUCUGCGUCGUGUCUCCAGUGGAUCGGGUGGGAGGAAAUGCCCUUGCUGUAUUAUGCAGCCAGGGAUGUAAGAGUGAGUCUUUCUUCCUUGAAGUGCGUGGGCGACAUGGACCCGUCGAUGGCAUUUGAUAGCCACGUGUCUGGGGACUUGAUGCCUAUCCGUAGCGUCUUGAGACGACUCUGCCGGCCAGACGAAUCGGAACACAAGUUUCGUGAUUCGGAUAUGGCGAAGCUGCACUAUCUUCUAAAGCUGUGCCCCGAGAGUGCUUUCAUGGAUCAACGCAGCGAUUGCACCGCGUUGGAGUGGGCCUAUGCGAAUGGCGCGUCGUUGGAUGUGCUCAGAGCCAUUUCCGAUGUUCACGACCAGUGCGACUUUUCCGACGAGAUCUGUGCCCCCCCCUACGCCUACGUGACAGAUCGAAUUGAAUUGAAAAACUCCAUUCUAACUCGAGCAAAGCUUGCGGCCAUGAAAGGAUGUCUCCUCAACCAUCCAAAACUAAAACUAAUGUGCGGUCCAAUGGACUGGGACGUCGAUGGAGUUUUCGCCUCGCAGGAAUUGUUGAACCAGAGAACCCACCCUCUCGACUUAGGAAUUCGUAUCCCCGAACCUGGAUGUCUAUUGCAAGAUGGACAGGCCCAUGGUGAUGCACCCGUCUUCGUGGCGGACGCGCUUCUGGGGCAACUCGAUUAUGUCCACUCGCUGCAGCUACAUUUCCCCGAAAGCAAAUCCUGCCACUCCACCGUCCUGCAGUUCUUGGAGCGCGGUCUCCAGAAAAAUGUGAGCAUUACUGACCUCAGCUUGAUCUAUCUUUGCGUUGACGAAGAUUGCUGGUCGUCUCUCUACAAUAUCAUGGCCAAGACAAGGAUCAUGAAAUUUUACCUGCACAUUCGCGAACGACUCGAUCCUGCUCCAGAUUGCAGUAUUUUGCCAGCCAACAACAAUCGUUUGCACACAUUCAAGUAUGCUGACAAUGAUCGCAACUCAGGGUAUGCCGACCUCUCGAGUAUGCUUGCCCUGGUUUCCCGACUACCAGAGCUCCACCAGAUCAGUUGGCGAUCACCGAUAGAUGUUUCUGGUUGGAUCUUGGAACGGAUCGAGGCAGGUCGUCUGAAGGAGCUACAUUAUGAAUCAAGCCGACUUUUGAAUAUGAAGACGCUGACCGAAGCCCUUCGCGUACAGUCUUCCCUCGAAGUCCUUCAUUUGGAGCCAACAACUGAAAAAGAAACAUACACGAAGGCAGAUUGCAGAGUCCUGGCUAAGCAUCUGGAGCGUGAAAACUUUUCGUUGACGAAAGCCAAGGUACUACCAUGGCAUGCGGAUGGCGCUGAGAAGGACGCAAUGUAUGUUGAGCACUUCACAGCGUUGAAUGCUCUCGGGAGGAAGACGCUGACUUAG